UUGCUCCGCUUCCCAUCCCUUUCUUCGCCAUCACCUGCAAACCCUAGAGCGGAAUCGAGCGAGUCGGUAAUGGCGUUUAUCUCCUUCCUUGCUCUCCUCGCCUUUCUUGUGCCAGCCUCCGCCCGCAUUCCUGGCGUCUACACUGGCGGUCAGUGGCAGGGCGCCCACGCCACCUUCUACGGCGGCAGCGACGCCUCCGGCACCAUGGGAGGAGCGUGCGGGUACGGGAAUCUCUACAGCCAGGGUUAUGGAGUGGAGAAUGCUGCGCUCAGCACGGCACUGUUUAACCAGGGGCAGAGCUGCGGAUCGUGCUUCGAGAUCAAGUGCGCCGACGACCCGCGGUGGUGCCACGCCGGGAGCCCCUCCAUCUUCAUCACGGCGACCAACUUCUGCCCGCCGAAUUACGCGCUCCCCUCGGAUAAUGGCGGGUGGUGCAACCCGCCCCGCCCACAUUUUGAUCUCGCCAUGCCCAUGUUUCUCAAGAUCGCCGAGUACCGCGCCGGGAUCGUUCCGGUUUCGUAUAGAAGGAUUCCGUGCAGGAAGUCCGGAGGGAUUCGGUUCACGAUAAACGGCCACAUGUACUUCAACCUGGUGCUCAUCACCAACGUGGCCGGCGCCGGCGACAUCGUUCGCGCCAGCGUGAAGGGCUCCCGCACGGAGUGGAUGCCCAUGUCCCGCAACUGGGGCCAGAACUGGCAGUCCAACGCCGUCCUCGUCGGUCAGUCCCUCUCCUUCCGCAUCACCGGCAGUGACCGUCGCACCUCCACCUCCUGGAACAUCGUCCCCUCCAACUGGCAGUUCGGUCAGACCUUCGAGGGCAAGAACUUCCGCGUGUGACGCCAGAAAAGAGUACGACGGCAACUGCUUUUUUUCUUUCUUUCUUUUUGCUGCAAUUGGUGGCGGUGUGCGUUCAGAGGCGUUGCUCGUGUUGUGUCCCUAUUUUGCUAAGCAAUUGGAAUUACAGAGGAAGAUAUACAAUAUUAGAUAUGGUAGAAGUGGUGGCUGAAGUGGCUGCAGAGCAAAAGGAAGUCUUGUAGCCCGCAGUUGCUGAUCAAUGUAUCUGUUUGAUGUUUGACUGUUUUUAUUGUAAGCUUAAUUAACUAUUCAUCUGAAGGGUGAAUAAGAAUCACUUUUACCAAA